AGGAUGGAGACAGAGCUGCCGCCGGAGCUCACAGCGAUGCCCCUCGGGGGGAACGGGAGUGCCCAGCUGGUGCCAGACACGGCCCUGCUGCCCCCGGGGCGGGGCACAGCCAUGUUCACUGUCCGCUGUGUGAUCCCUUCGCUUUACCUGCUCAUCAUCACUGUGGGCUUGCUGGGCAACGUCACCCUCAUGAAGAUCUUCAUCUCCAACAGUGCCAUGAGGAGUGUGCCCAACAUCUUCAUCUCCAGCCUCGCUGCCGGUGACCUGCUGCUGCUAGUGACCUGUGUGCCCGUGGAUGCCUCCCGGUAUUUCUCUGAGGAGUGGCUCUUUGGGGAGGUGGGCUGCAAGCUCAUCCCUGCCAUCCAGCUCACCUCUGUUGGUGUCUCUGUCUUCACCCUCACUGCCCUCAGUGCCGACAGAUACAAAGCAAUUGUAAAUCCCAUGGACAUCCAGACCUCCAGUGCAGUGAUAUGGACCUGUCUGAAAGCCAUUGCCAUCUGGGUAAUCUCCAUGCUCCUAGCAGUUCCUGAAGCAGUGUUCUCCGAACUGGCCCACAUCAAUGACACGGAUAAUGCCACUUUCACUGCAUGCAUACCAUACCCCAUGACGGACGACAUGCACCCAAAAAUCCAUUCUGUGCUGAUUUUCCUUGUGUAUUUCCUUAUCCCUCUUGCCAUUAUUAGUAUCUACUACUAUCAUAUUGCAAAGAGUUUAAUAAAAAGUGCUCACAACAUCCCUGGAGAAUACAGUGAGCAUUGCAAAAGACAGAUGGAAACUCGUAAACGACUGGCAAAAAUUGUUCUAGUUUUUGUUGGCUUCUUUGCUAUCUGCUGGUUUCCUAACCACGUGCUAUACAUGUACCGAUCUUUUAAGCACAAUGAGAUUGAUCCGUCGACAGGACAUAUGGUUCUUACCUUAGUGGCCCGAGUGUUAAGCUUCUGCAACUCUUGUGUCAACCCAUUUGCACUGUAUUUUCUCAGUGAGAGUUUUAGAAGACAUUUCAACAACCAGCUUCGCUGCAGGAGGAAAGCUCAGCAAGAGAGAUCUGCCAGCUACUUGCGCAACUCUUCUGCCAUUCAAAUGGCUUCCCUGAAAAGCAAUACCAGGAACACAGUGACGAGCAUGACACAAAUGAAUGGGCACAACUUGAAACAAGAGAUGUCAUUAUGAUUUAAUAGGUGUGAUUUUUGACUGUGGAACAUAUUUGAACUUUGCAGUUUGUAACUCACUUUUGGCUCUCAUAUGCUUAGACUGUCUGAGUCCUCAGAACAGAGGGUCUGUUAAAGUCUGGCCAAUCUGAGGUUGUUUCACACCUAGUCUUACUUUUAUAUAGAAGUGAAGAGUAUGUUUUAUUGAGAACACUGACCGGUUUCAUAUUGUACUUUAAAGGACAUGCUAAUAUAUGUUUAACAUACAAGAAAGCAAAAUAAUGGUUUGAAUAUUUGAGUAGCUCAUCUAACAUUGCUUUAAAAAGCAUAGAUUUUCUGAUCUGCAAAAUAUAUAUUUUUAACUGUAUAUUGAUACAGGCGUAUGUCUUACUCUAAUGGAUUUUGAUGAUUUUAGCUGUGCUGUGUGUAUAAGCAUUGUUCAUUAAGACUGGUAGGCAUUUUCUGAGCCAAUUACGGAUCCAUUGCAAUGCAUAAAUUCUAGUUUCAGAUAAAAAAUAUUCAAGUAUCAAGUGCCAGAUCUUUACCUCAUUUAGAUCUACUUUGUUUUCUCACUUUGGCAGAGAUACACGAUGAGAAUUUAGUUUUUGGGGUUCUGUUUGCUGUUAAGGUCAAAAGUUUAUCUGCUAAAAUUACAUUUUUUAGUGAUUACAUCUCAAAAGAAAAAUGUUGCGUGCAAUGUGCAGAUUUUCUAGAACUCAGCGAAAGCUCAUUUCUCUGAUUUGUUUAAGUCUAUGCCAUCUUUGUUUUAGAGUGUCUACAUGCUUUAUACUUGCUACUACUAACUGAUCAAUACACAGCUAAGAAGGAUGCUAAGUGUUAUGGAGUGACUGAACAUUCAAAGAGGUAAAGUUCUGAGUGGCAUUUUCAGAGAGGGUCUGUGGCAAGGCUUCAUACAGCUCAGAGCAAUGUCAGAGUGCAGAACCCACAUUACUACCAGAACAAACCAAACUGAAGGAAGCCCUGCAGGAACACACCUAAUAUACUCUCAUCACUAAUGAUCAUCCAGCCCAUGGGAACAAACAAGUUCUAGUCCAAAAUAGCACUCAGGUGAUGAAACAUGGGUAUCUGACAUUUGUUGCUUGGUACCAGCUGUUUGCUAUCUAGAUCUACUGUUCUUGCACACACUUUACCAGUCUAAACAAAGCCUAAGUAGUGUUGAAAAUCUCAGCUUUAAAAGAUACUUUUUCUUUUCCUGAAGGCCCUUGUGCAUAAAUAGUCAAUGCACUUCUCAAAAUCCUAGCUGGGCUGCUUAAAAGAAGGAUUUAAAAUAUUUUUUGUGAGUCAUCCCAGUGCCAUGACAGUG